AUGCCAGCCACCGCUCAAAACAUGUCUUUCGGCGCCGACAACUUCUACCGCAGCGAGAAUGUCACCCUACACCCAAUCACCAUCCAGACUCAGUUCAACACCACUGUCGCCGGUAACCUCUUCACCCCCAACAACCUCGCGCGCAAUAGUACCUCCCCGGCCAUCGUCGUCAGCCACCCCAUGGGCGCCGUCAAGGAACAAAGCGCAAACCUCUAUGCCACCAAGCUGGCCGAGCAGGGUUUCGUCACUGUGUCCAUCGACAUGCCCUUCUGGGGCGGCAGCUCAGGCGAGCCACGCAACGCCGUUGCUCCAGAGCUCUACGCUGAAGCUUUCAGCGCCACUGUAGACUACCUCGGCGGCCAAUCCUUUGUCGACCGCGAGCGCAUCGGCGGUCUGGGCAUUUGCGGCAGCGGCUCCUUCGUCAUCAGCGCAGCCAAGAUCGACCCUCGCCUGAAGGCCGUCGCCACGGCGAGCAUGUACGACAUGGGUGCCGCCGCCCGCGACGGCUUGCAGAAGGCGCAGACCGUCGAGCAGCGCAAGGAGAUCAUUGCCUCAGCGGCCCAGCAGCGGUGGGUCGAAGCUGCCGGCGGCGAGACGGAGUACACCGGCGGCACCACCCACGAGCUCACUGAGGACACGCCUGCUGUCCAACGCGAGUUUUACGACUAUUACCGCACCCCUCGCGGCGAGUUCACCCCUGAAGGCUCGUCUCCCAACCUCACCACGCAUCCGACCCUCACCAGCAUGGUCAAGUUCAUGAACUUCUACCCGUUCAACGACAUUGAGACGAUCUCGCCCCGCCCCAUGCUUUUCAUCUCUGGCGAUCAGGCGCACUCUCGCGAGUUCAGCGAGGCAGCCUAUGCCCAGGCGGGCGAGCCGAAGGAGCUUGUUUGGGUUCCGGGUGCUGGACAUGUUGAUCUCUACGACCGCGUGGGGCUCAUCCCGUUUGGCAAGCUUACCCAGUUCUUCCAGAAUAACCUUGCCUAA